GUCCCAGGCCUGAUAGACAGUCUCGCCGCCCCGAAGUAGUUAAUAAGAUCCUUCCCUUAUACUCCAAAUCAGAAAGGCCUAAGGUCAGAGGAUUCAAGAUUGCUCUGCAGUCUGCAGGGCGGCCCAGGAGGGGCGGGGUCCCGCGAUAGGGGCGGGGACAGAGAAGGAUCGGACCAAGCCCCAACCUUCCUCGGGGCUAGGACCAGGAAGCUCUGGGGGGAGAGGAGCGGAGUUGAGACUGAAGCCAGGAUGGUGGCGUCCUCGCUGAAGCUUCAGGAUCUAAUCCAGGAGAUUCGUGAGGCCAAGACCCAGGCCCAGGAGCGGGAGGUGAUCCAGAAAGAGUGCGCCCACAUCCGGGCCUCCUUCCGCGAUGGGGACCCUCUGCACAGCCACCGCCAGCUGGCCAAACUGCUCUACGUCCACAUGUUAGGCUACCCCGCCCACUUUGGACAGAUGGAGUGCCUGAAACUGAUCGCCUCCCCCAGGUUCACAGACAAGAGGGUGGGCUACCUGGGGGCCAUGCUUCUACUGGAUGAGAGGCAGGAUGCCCACCUGCUCAUUACCAACAGCAUCAAGAAUGACCUGAGCCAGGGAAUUGAGGCUGUCCAAGGCCUAGCCUUGUGCACACUGAGUGCCAUGGGCUCUGCUGAGAUGUGCCGGGACUUGGCCCUGGAGGUGGAGAAGCUGCUCCUGCAGCCCAGCCCCUAUGUGCGCAAGAAGGCUGUUCUGACUGCAGUACACAUGAUCCGGAAGGUCCCUGAACUCUCUGACAUCUUCCUCCCACCCUGUGCCCAGCUGCUUCAUGAACGCCACCAUGGCAUCCUGCUGGGCACUGUCACGCUGAUCACCGAGCUCUGCGAACGAAGCCCUGCAGCCCUCCAGCACUUUCGAAAGGUGGUACCCCAGCUGGUGCACACCCUCCGGACUCUGGUGAUGACAGGAUGCUCCAUAGAACACAGCGUGUCUGGAGUCAGCGACCCAUUCCUGCAGGUCCAGAUACUUCGUCUGCUUCGGAUUCUGGGCCGGAACCACGAGGAGAGCAGUGAGACCAUGAAUGACUUGCUGGCCCAGGUAGCCACAAACACUGACACCAGCCGAAAUGCGGGCAAUGCGGUUCUGUUUGAGACGGUGUUGACUAUCAUGGACAUCCGCUCUGCUGCGGGCCUAAGGGUUCUAGCUGUCAACAUUCUUGGCCGCUUCCUACUCAACAGUGACAGGAACAUUAGAUAUGUGGCGCUGACGUCCUUGCUGAAGCUGGUGCAGUCUGAUCACAGUGCCGUGCAGCGGCACCGGCCCACCGUGGUGGAAUGUCUGUGGGAACCUGACGCCUCCCUCAGCCGGCGGGCCCUGGAACUGAGCCUGGCCCUGGUGAAUAGCUCCAACGUGCGAGCCAUGACCCAGGAGCUGCAGGGCUUUCUGGAGUCCUGCCCCCCUGAUCUACGGCCCGACUGUGCCUCUGGCAUCCUACUGGCAGCAGAGAGGUUUGCCCCAACCAAGCGGUGGCACAUAGAUACCAUCCUCCGUGUGCUGACGACGGCAGGCACCUAUGUGCGCGAUGAUGCAGUGGCCAACCUGAUCCAGCUGAUUGGGGGUGCCCAGGAGCUCCACGCCUACUCUGUGCGCCGCCUCUACAGCGCCCUGGCUGAGGACAUCUCCCAGCAACCACUGGUGCAGGUGGCAGCCUGGUGCAUUGGGGAAUACGGAGACCUCCUGCUGGAGGGGACCUGUGAGGAAACUGAGCCCCUGCAGGUGGGUCCUGCGUUGGGGUACACUGAGGAGGGACAUGUGAGGGGAGUCAGGGCCGGUCCCAGGAUCACUCUGUGUGCCCCCCGGAAGGUGGAGAAAGAGGAGGUGUUGGCACUGCUGGAAAGGGUGCUGCAGUCCCAGAUGUCCCUGCCAGCCACCAGGGGAUAUGCCCUCACCGCCCUCAUGAAGCUCAGCACCCGGCUCCAUGGGGACAACAACCGCAUCUGCCAGGUGAUGUCCAUCUAUGGGAGCUGCCAGGACGUGGAGCUGCAGCAGCGGGCGGUGGAGUACAACGCCCUCUUCCGGAAGUACGACCACUUGAGGGCUGCCGUCCUGGAAAAGAUGCCUCUUGUGGAGCGGGGUGGCCCUCAGGUCGAUGAGGAAGCAAAGGAAAGCAAAGAAGUAGCCCAGCUUUCGGAAGCAGCCCCUGUCCCCACAGAGACCCAGGCCUCAAAGCUCUUGGAUCUGUUAGAUCUCCUGGAUGGCCCUUCUGAGAAUGCCCAGCACCCUCCCCCUCUGGAUCCCACCCCAGGAGACACUUUGAUACACCUCCUUGACCUUCCCUGCGCUCCCCUACCUCCUGCUGUGAGCUCCACUGGGGACCUCAUCUUCUUGUCCACUCGAUCACUAGCAUCUGGAGCAGUUCCCUGCACCCAGUGGGUGCUCAUUUAAUUUUUCUUGCAUGAAUGAAUGAACUGUUAUCUUCAGCCCAUAUACUGAGUCACUUCUCUCUCCCUACUGUAGCUCCCAUCCCAAAUCUCAAAGUAUUUGAGCGUGAAGGACUUCAGCUGAAUCUUUCUUUUGUUCGACCCCCUGGAACCCCUACUUUGCUGUUAAUCACUGUCACUGCCACCAACACCUCAGGGGGUGACGUCACCCACUUCAUCUGCCAGGCGGCUGUGCCUAAGGUUUGUAGAAGACCAGGACUCAGAGGUAGCCUGGAUACUCCCGGAGAAAAAGCCACUAAGUAGGGGAGGUGCUGGGGGUGGAGGGAGGGUGAGAUGAGAAGGGAGUGACUGCAGAGACAGGCACCUGGGGAGUCGCGGGAAGAGGGUUUGAAACUGUUGGGUGUGGAGUGGUUGCCUGAGCCAGCCAGCUGCCUUAUGUGUGCUCUGUCCAACCUCCUGUGUUUAGAGUUUCCAGCUGCAGCUACAGGCCCCCAGUGGAGACACUGUUCCAGCCCAGGGUGGCCUUCCGAUGACCCAGCUGCUCAGAAUCCUCAAUCCUAACAAGGUGAGCUCCAGGAGCCCCUGGAGGCUAAGACCUAGGGCAGGGAGGAGCCACCUGUGCUUACCCUGGUCUUCGCUCUCCUGUUCCUAGGCCCCCUUGCGGUUGAAGUUGCGCCUCACCUACGACCACUUUGGCCAGUCGGUACAGGAAAUCUUUGAGGUGAACAACUUGCCUGUGGAGACAUGGCAGUAACUCCGCCUCCACUCAGAGCCUGAAAUCCUCCUGUGUCCCCAAAUCAGGAGCCCCAGCUACUUGGAUCCAUAUCUGAGGGUGACCAGCAGGUGGCACUCUGGUCCUGUCCUUGCUGCUGCAGAACUGGGGUGGGGGGAACCCCACAAAUGAUGAAAGCCCAAUAAAGCCCUAGGGGGCAAAGCCAUUA